CCCUGUCCAAUGCUCAGGCUUCUACUGCACCGACUUUUCACGAUAUAUCGGCACAGGGGGCGGGGCCCAUCGCCUGUUUUCCCGCCAAUAGUACCACCCAAUCAGAUGAAUGUUUCGAUAUGGAUGACGCGUUGGUGUAUUCCAUCCAAGAUCCUAACCCCGGGCCCUUCAACAUAACCUACAACCCGUUCAUGGACAGCUUUUGUCUGUACGCCGAUUCCUCUAUGGUACAAGGAGACACUCAUUGUGUUCGUCUUUGGGCAACAGAGGCAGACGACUUGUUGUACCGGCCUUGGCGUAACGCUAGUUAUAAUCACUGCGUGGUUUUCAACUCACCCCCAGUAUUGUUAGGGGAGCCGUACUCCGUGACUCUUGACGUCACUGACCUCAGACAGGGCAUCGCUUUAGUCGACCUCAACUAUACAGACAACUUCGUUUUCCCGAAUGUUGAGUUCUACAUCACAAGCGUGGAACCUGCUCCAUGGGGGAAUUACAUUGGUAUUGAAACUGCAACAGGAGUCAUUGGACUGGAUGCUGACAUAUUUUUACCAGUUUACAAAUAUCAAAUGGUGGAAAUCAAUGUUACGGUAACAGAUGGUGGAAUCCCUGCCUUGUUUGAUACAAGUGUAGUUCAUCUGUAUGUCCUCAAUGGUUCCCUAGUAUGUACAGCCCCGCCUGUGUACCUCAGUAUAGGGGCCCUACCUAAUGGUCAGACGAUCCUUGGGACAGUCCAGUGCUCUGGUGUAGCUGAUGGCUCUCUCACCUUUACAGAGGAUCCAUCACAAGAUUUGCUGGCUGUAAACUCUCAGGGAGACCUGUUUUUGGGGAGCCAAGUGCAGAGCCUGUCAUCUGGUACCUACACUGUGCAAGUGAUGGCCCAUCAGCCUCCGUUUCCCAGUGUGUCGGUGGAUGUCAGCAUCAUCAUUGGUAAUUUCACACCAGAGUGUUUCCCUUCUCCAAAUCUAGCCCUGAUGAUUUCGGAAGAAAAUAUAGUAAACACUUGUUAUGAACUGUACCAAUGUAGGUCCCCAAUGUUUGGGGGCACCAUGGAUUGUGCAAUAUCUUCAACUGAUACCUUAGUCAGCUUUUUUGAGCUAGACUGCACGGCAAUGAGCACGAACUUCAAUUACUAUGUGGUCAAUGUCUCAAUAUGUGUUCAUACUAGUAUAGCCCAGCAGAAUCAACUAGGCACACACCAGGUACAUGGAGAAGUCUCUAACAAUUUCGGAACAACAACAUCAACUUUUGAAGUAGACAUCUUGCCUGGAAAUUUCUUUGCUCCGGUUUUCUCUACUGUGAAUUAUGUUGUACAAAUUUCGGAAAUGACGGCGAAUGGGACCAGUUUGUUCCAGCUGAUGGCCACUGACAAUGAUGUUAAUGAUGUUCUGACUUUCAGUAUUCCGGAUCAAAGUCUACCAUUCAUUAUACUCGGGGACAAUCUAUUGGUGGAUGGGAAACUCAAUGCUACUUCUCGUAAUUCCUACAGUUUCCAAGUCAAGGUGAGUGACCUGGUAGGUCAUGAGGCCUUUGCACCAGUAUCUAUCACUCUCACUGAUGUGAACGAACCGCCGAUAUGUGUCGCUCCGUACUUUUUCGUAGUUGAUGCCACGGCAACCGGAGGCCAGACUGUGGCACAGUUGAGUUGCUAUGAUACAGAUGAGCAGAACAAUUUCCGCACCUUUAUGUACCUCCUGGAUCCAUUCGAAUCUAGCUCAAUUUCUGCCUUAGUGAUGGUUAGUUCAGAUGGACAAAUCACCUUGCUACAGGACAUGAGUGGCGAUGUAGAGUCCUAUACAUUCACAGCCCUGGCCAGAGACCUUGGAGGCCUCAAUACGUCCAUACAGGUCACCAUGAUAGUCAACAGGUAUUUCGCCCCCAUUUGUCCUCUGGGUUUCGUGGAGACAAAGAUUAUGGAUGACUUUGGUCCAUCCCAAUGCUUCAGUGUAAACACUGGCUGUACAGACCCACUGUCUGGGAAUCUGUAUUAUAACAUUAUUGGUGGAAGUGGGUCUCAACUCUUCCUUGUCCAGCCUGACCUCUCUGGACUUUCUGUGUCUACUUUGACCCUCUGUCCACAAGCAAUGCUGACCAACCAGCUCGGGUCCUGGCAGGUCAAUGUUGAGGUGAGAAAUCAGUUCAACCAAACAUCAGUGCUGGUUAAUGUGAUCGUGGAAGAGAAGAAUGAUCGACCUGUCUUUGCUGGUCCAGUAUAUGUUGCCGCUAUCUCAGAGAAAAUUCCUGUUGGCCACAUCUUCUUGCAGACCACAGCACAGGAUGCGGACAUCUUAGCUAUCAACAACGAGCUCACCUUCUCUUUAGACCUUGGUGAUGUUAAUGGGUUCGCUAUCACCAGUGACACAGGAAUGAUCAGUACUACCAGGACAUUCAACGCCUCCAUACAGACUACAUACCAGUUCUCUGCAAAGGUGGAGGACCCACAAGGUCUUAGUGAUGAGAGGACAGUGGUGGUGGACAUACUGGACGAGAAUGAUCCUCCACAGUGUGAGAAUUUGGUGGUCAAUGUGGCGGCCAGUCUUAUUACAUCUCCAGGCACCAUCAUCGGAGCGGUCAACUGUUGGGACAGCGACAUACAACCUGAUAACAAAAAGCUGGUUUAUAUACUUAGUGGACCCCUAGAAUCUUAUUUGGUUGUCCGUGACAAUGGAUCAAUUGAACUGAGUCAAAGUUUGCCCCGAAGUUCAACCACGACAUACUCUAUGACCCUGAAAGUUUAUGACCAGUUUAUGAUCAACAACAACACCCAGGCUGGACAUCUGACCAUUGCCCUUGCUGUUUUGGUUGACACCAGCAUCCCUCCUGUCUGUGAUCGCAUCAUCACCACGGCGACCUUACAGGAGACGGAUCCCCAGGGCACAUGUGUUGGCCAGGAAGUGAUCUGUGAAGACCCAACAGGGGGUAGUGUCACCAUUCUUUCCUCCCAGGGGACGGGGCUGGAUGUGGCGGAGAUAAAGAGCAGAGCCAGCAGCAGCAACAGCAUACUUCCACUAAAUGUCUGCACUUCAUCCAGCAUCAAAAACCGAAUUCAGGAUUUCAGGGUAUCUGUAGUAGUCAGUAAUGGCUUUGGAACCCAGACUGUUACAUGGACAUUCGACGUUGAAGAUAUAAACGAACCACCAUUUUUUCUCAACUCCGUGUUCAACAUGACCAUAUCGGAGAGUUCCAUUGUUGGUACAACUGUGUUAAUUCUUGAGACCGGAGACUCUGAUGUUGAUGCAGUGUUCAAAGAUGUCACCGUCUCUUAUGAUGUGAUCAAUGUCCCAGACAAUGUAGCUGUACCAAUCAGCUUCCUGCUUGACUGUUGUUUCCUGGUUACGGGUAAACUAAAUGCUUCGGAACAAGACCUGUACCUAUUUAAUGUCACACUCACAGACGGGGGUGGGCUAUCCCAAGCCAGAAUUGUGUCUGUUUGGAUCGCUGACACAAACGAAGCUCCUGUGUGCUCCCCCGCAACUCUGACAAGAUCAAUUUCACUCCUGGCCCAGGUCAACGAUGUCAUAGGCCAACUUAGUUGUUACGACUAUGACAAAGAUCUUAAUUACAAGGAGUUAGUUUAUCAGUCUAAUGUAGAUUAUUUCAAUGUGUCUGACCAGGGUGAGUUGACCAUCAGUAGGUCACUGGACAGGUUUGAUCCAAGUUACACAGUACUGGUCAGUGUCCGUGAUGGAGGUACACCACCACUGUCCACCUCAGUGACCAUCACAGUUAAUGUUGAUAUUGCUAUUAAAGCUGUUUGCCAGCCUGAGGUGCAGUACCCAAAUGUCUGGGUCAAAGAUCAAUGCCUUACCUUGACGAUGAACUGUGUUGACCCGACCUUGCCAGGGCAGACCGCACAUCUUAGUUACACAGAGAGCGGGAACUAUACUGCUGGCUUCACAAAGGUCCAGUCACCUAAGGGACAGUACCAGCUCUGUUACAACCUUGUCCAGAGUGGCAGCUUUGGGAUGACAGUGUCAGUGUUUAAUGGUUUAGCGUACUACAUGUACCACCAGCCUUUAGACGUGAAGUAUGACCAAUCCAAUCCGGUGUUCACCAGAACCACUUACAAUAUUGGUAUCCCAGAAACCCAUAUAACUGGACAGCUGGUCACCACGGUAACCGCCACCACUGCCUCCACCAGUGGUUCUAUAGUGUAUUCAAUUACAGGUGGGACCUGGUCUAACGUCACCAAUAUCUUUCGUCUUGAUGCUUCAACUGGUGCCAUCACUACCCGAGUAUCGAUGCGGGGUUAUGCAGCACAGACGAUCAUUUUAGACAUUCAGGCAUUGAAUGACUUCUCCUUGUUGCGGUCUACUGCAAGGGUGGAGGUUUCUGUAACUGACAUCAAUGAGGUACCGAGUUGUUUUUAUCAAGAUGAGAUAAUCGGUAACAGUGUCACAGUAGGUGUAGAUGAUGCUGUGGGAACACUCCUGUUACAUAUACAGUGUACAGAUUAUGAUGUCACCCCAGAAAACAAAGAGCUUUCAGCCGUGCUCACCUAUACUCCAUCAGUAUUGGAUGUGUUCAUGCUGGAGGAACAAGGUGGAGAUUACACCAUCAGGACGAAGAACCUUCUGCCUGUCCAGACAGGAUCCUAUGACCUCACACUGGUCAUCUCUGACUCAGCUACACCACCCCUAUCUGUACAAAUAUUACGACGGGUUAUAGUCAACUUGCUGCCCCCUACCCCUGUGUUUAAUGCCUUCCCCAUAAACAGUACAGUAGUCCAGGUGGAAUGGCUGUAUGAACGAGCUGACUAUUACGCGGUCACAACAAACUUUGUCCUGGCAGCUGUGUCCAGUUCAGACCGACACUCGUUCAUGACCCCGCCUGACCCCAGUGUAACCGGAAGCCUCAUCACCAAGCUCAUCCCGGAGACAGGAGUACCUUGUAGAGCUUACAGCCAUCACAAACUACGGCAAUGUUUCCUCUCCCUCCGUUACAUUGGUGAUGCCAGCUGUACCUAUCCUGUCCAGUUUUAUGAUGUCACUGCGGUUGCCAGGACAACAAUUCCUUCAAACUUUGCUUGACGAUAACUCGUAUGAUUUCGUAACUUUCAAACGAUCAGUGGAGGACAAUUUGGAUGGUAUCAUGAAGAGAAUCGCUGGUUACCUGUCUGUGGGUGUGGUCUCCUUCAGG